AUGGCAUUUAAUGAACAAAGUCGUUUUCAGUUUACACAAUUAGAAAAUAUGAUCUGGCAUUCUUUAGACAAUCAUUUAUAUAGAAACGCAAUCUUUCUUGCGGAGAGAUUACACGCACAAGAUCAAAAUAAUGAAAAUUCGCGUUUUUUGCUAGCGACUUGCUAUUAUCGUAACGGACAAAAAAAAGCUGCAUAUAUGUUGUUGAAAGAAGCCCAAUCAAUAAAAUGCAAAUACCUUUUUGCAAAAUGCUGUUUGGAUCUUAACAAAGCGGGUGAAGGCGAAGAAAAACUUCGUUCAGUUCUAUCGGAAAUAGAUGAUCCUUCAUCAGAUACUUUUGCUUAUAUAUCUAAAAAUAAUCAACCAGACGCGUCAUCUGUCUUGUGCCUUCUAGGAGCUUUGUGCAAACAGGCUAAACGACCUGAAGAUGCUGCCCAUCAUUACCUUUGUUGUAUUAAAAAAAAUCCUUAUAUGUGGGAAGCCUUUGAAAGUCUUUGUCAGCUUGGUAAAUCAAAUCAAGUUGACAUUGACGAAAUAUUCCAAUCUACCACUGAAAAAUCUACAAGAAUACCGUGCGCCGAUUUAUUUCGUAAUUCACAAAUGUUUGUACCACAAUCGAGUUUAAAGGGUGAAAAAAAUUCGAGGAGAAGUAUGCAGAUUUCUUCAUUGAAGACUGCGUUACCAUUGAUAUCUACAUCUGUAACAGAUAUUAGAGAAAAAAAAAGAUCUCGAAUUGCUAAUGAUGAAAGAAUUCUUAUAGGCAUAGAUGACGAAAAGAAAUGGUCCAAAGUAAUAAGGGAAGGAAAAACAAUUACAAAUGUCGAAAAUGAAGUAGUAAGACCUAAUAUUACUGAAGCUCUACAAAAAACCUCACUAAGUCCUCAGGUUAACCUGGAAUUCACGGGAAAUUGUGACAAAGUAGAUGAUACAAAUUUGAAAUCAGAUAAUGAAUUCUUGCUUCUGCUAAAGCAAUUUGCUAAAGGUUAUGGGUAUCUAAGUCAAUAUGAAUGUGCUAAAGCGAUUGAAGUUUUUUCGGAGCUUCCACCUUCACAACAAAAUACAGCGUGGGUUCAAAGUCAUAUGGCGAAGGCCCAUUUUGAAAUGGUUGAUUACCUUACGGCUGAACAUUUUUUUCAAAAAGCGCGUCAACUUGAAUCAUAUCGCCUCGAAGAUAUGGAAUUAUAUUCCACGACAUUAUGGCAUUUGCGUAAAGAUACUGAUCUCAGUGCUCUAGCGCAUGAGCUAAUAGAGUUUGAGCGUAGAUCACCACAAACUUGGUGUGCAGUUGGUAAUUGUUUUAGUCGGCAACAAGAACAUGAUGUGGCAUUGAAAUGCUUUCGGCGAGCGAUACAACUUGAUCAAUCAUUCACUUACGCACAUACCUUAUCCGGUCACGAAAGUAUGGCUAACGCUAAUUAUGAAGAUGCUCAAAAGCACUUUAGAAAUGCGUUAAAUACUAAUAAUCGACAUUAUAAUGCAUUAUACGGUCUUGCCAAUUAUUACAUCACAUGUGGUAAAACGCACGAAGCAGAACAAAACUAUAGGAUGGCUAUGAAAAUCAACCCAAAUCAUGCUGUACUUAUGUGUUGCUUGGGCAAGGUAUUAGAAAAGAUGGGUAAAGUUGAAGAAGCACGUAGUCUUUAUGAUCGUGCGUGCCAGGUUACUCCACAAACACCAUUAGCCAUAUUCAAAAAGGCGAAAUCCUUAUACAGAGAUAAACAAUAUGAGGACGCGCUUGCAGAACUGGAAAAACUCAAAAAGACAGUUCCAAAUGAACCUAAAGUUUAUUUCCUAAUAGCAAAAAUUCAUAAGGCAAUGGGUGAAAGAGCUAAAGCUACGCAAAAUUUUACUUUUUUACGUUUUUGUGCAUCAAAAGUUACAAUGUUGAUGCAUCAUAGUGAUAAAAAUCAAGAACAUGUCUGA